AGUAGUUUGGCCGACUGGAGAUUGGAGUAGCACUCACUAGCAGGGUCUCUUGUCGUUCUAGCUUGAGCCGGUAGUUAGCAACAAUGGCUCCCGGUAAAGACGUCCAGGUGGUGUGGGGUGGUGGAGCCCCGGACCCGUCGCCGCCCUCACCUACAGGAUCAAUGUCUGCCAAGACGAUCACCUACUUCACCGUGAUUUUGACAACCACGACCAUUCUGACCAGCUAUGUUAUCGCCGUUUCGCUUCACCACGAACCCGCUUUCCUGCCGAUGAUAUCGGACUGCGCCAUCAAAUCUCCGGAGAUGUACCUGUUCCGCUAUGGCAUGUUGGUCUCAGCUAGCUUGCUGGCGUGCAACGUGCUGGUGAUACAUGCCGCCACGAAGAGCACUUAUUCACUGGCUCAUGCCAGCAUGACCAGUGGUCUUCUGGCUGCCUUCGGACUUGGCCUGUUGACAGCAGUGAACGUACACGAGUUCACCCCUGUGCACGGAGCUGCUGCAGUGACAUUCUUUGUGUGCUAUGAAGUAUUCAUGCUGAUCAUCAGCUACAACGCACAGGCUGACGAGCGUGUGUCGCGCACCUCGCUCAAUGUGAAGCGAGCGGCCGCAAUCGUCUCCUUGAUCGCCCUGCUCUGCCUGGCCGGCAUGUCACCCAAAUGGAGCCAUUUCCGAACGCCAAUCGCUGUCUGUGAAUGGACCAGCACUAUCAUGAUCCAGAUCUUCAACCUCAGCUUUGUCAAGGAUCUCGGCACAACUACCAUACAAGAAAUCAGUGGCAUUCACAGCUCCAGCUCAGGUGGCUACAGGCCAUUGAAAAACAUGAUCUAAUUGUCGGGAGGAAGAGCUUCAGUGCUUGAUCGAGAUAUGCCAAUGUGGCUCUAGUAUGAACGAAAUCUGUCAUUGUAUUAGUGUGGCUGUGGUGCAUGAUGUUUCAAGUCAUUUCAAAUAUUAUGAGAUAAACAGCCACAUAGAGCAAUUUAGUUUGCUACACUACUAGCUUGUGUGCCGGGAUUUUACGGCUUUGUGAACUGAAGAUUACUGCAGAAAUUUCUUGCGCUGUUACAGAUUUCAUUUCAAGAUUAUGAAACUAUCCCUUUUUUGUACUUUUCAUAGACUUCAGCCAUGCAGCCGUUUCAUAUUGCGUAAUGUACUCGUAACUCUUCGAGUUACGAGUAGGGUUACGAGUAGGUUAUGGGCCAUUUCUCUCAGGAUGAUUGUGCCGAUUGCUGCGGAUAUUGUAUCUCCUCGAGUAUUUAUUUUACGGGAACUCUUGUCAGCUGUCUGUCUAUCUGUCCAUGUACUUUAUGCGUUAUGGAGAACCAUUCAUGAA